GUUCUGUAAUGAAAAGGCCACUUGCACCUCGGGCAAGCGCCAGUUUUUCUUUCAGGAUCUUUCCAUAUAGAGGGAUUUAUAUUCUGCUGUUGAACUCUUGGGUAAAGUUAUUGGAGGUAGAUUUGUUGUGUUGUGCUAGAUUGUGGCUCGGUCACAGUCCUUCCCUAACAUCUGGCACACCUCUGGCAUCCCGUCUCCAUCUCCUCUGGGCUCUCUGCCCCCUUCCACAGAACCUGCUCUAUUGCAGCAGGCAGAAUAUUCAUGGUCUUGUUUAAAUCUUAAUAUGUAUUUUCGGAAAUUACUCUGAAUAAACCAUUCAGAAGGAGCAGUAAAGAAAGCCCAGAGAUAAUUGAACAUUCCAGAACUGUAAAUGAAUGAGAAAGGGCUAAGAAUGUGGAAUGGCAUAAAAAUGUGGGAGCACAAGUUUCAAGGCAUGUCAGAGUUCUGUUUUGUGUCAUUUCUAGCGACUGAGAUUCCAGAUAGGCUGCUUCUCUUUCCAGCUGAAUGUCCCAGCAGCAGGUACUGACUUCAUAAUGGGAUUUUUUUUUCCCUAAACAGACCAGAUUAACUCAGUGUACUUGUGGCUUUGAUGGAGAAUGGCAGGGAAACAGAAAAAAAUCAGUAGGGAAAAGAUGCAGCCCUUAAUAGGGCUGGUUGGAGAUGUAGUGAGAUGCUCAGGCAUCCAAACCUGGGUUAUUUUCUGAACAAUUACACUCGGUUUUGUUUCUCAGUGUUUGACUGAACUGUUCCUUCCGUGUGUCAAUGAGCACCUGUUCCUUGUGCCAGGGGAGCUCUGAUGAAUGCCCAGCUCCUGUUCCCUGGGCACAGCUGACUCUGCUCUGUGAAAGGCCAGUUAAACUGCAGAGAGGCCUCAGGACAUCAGAGGAAUUGUGGAAUGUGAGAGAAAGGCUCAUUCUUCCUGACUGCUUCUCCCAGGAUAGAGAUGUGUUCCCCUGCCACCUGCUCUGUGUCCAGGCAGGGAACAGCCCUGGAGAGGCUUCUCUGCUCCCAGGGCUCCCAUUCCAGCACUGGGAGCUGCCAGACUCUGCCUGUGCCCCUGAAUUCUCCUGGGCUGAGGUGCUGCAGAAUCCCACAUCUGUCAUUUCUGAGCAGGGAUUUGGGGAGAUAAGAUGGAGCCUUCCCCAUUCAACAGAAGGCAAUGGACCUCCCAGUCUCUGAAAAUCACUGCAAAAGAGCUUUCCCUGGUCAACAAGAACAAGUCCUCGGCCCUCGCAGAGAGGUUCUCCAAGUAUCAGAAAGCUGCUGAAGAAGCCACUGCUGAGAAGAAGAGAAGUAACACAGAAAACCUGCCCGCUCAUUUGACGAGGGGGAAUCUGAGCGUGCUGAAGAAGAAGUGGGAGAAUCCGGUGCUGGGAACGGAGUCUGGGAAGGAAACGAUCCGGAGCAGCUUUGCUGAGGUGAGGCACAAGGUCGGCACCGGCCGCGCCCCUUCGCCAUCCCCGGGGGCUGGAGCUGCCUCUGGCCAGCAGCAGCGUCCCGCUGGUGACAGCACGGAGCCCCAGAGCCACCCCCGAGAGAGUGGCAGCAUGGAAAACUGUGUGAGAGAGCCCCGUGAAAUGGAAAAACCCGAAAGCAGCGAGAGGUCGGAGUCUCCGGGGAGGAUCGAGAAGUACAACGUGCCCCUGAGCAAGCUCAAGAUGAUGUUCGAGAAGGGUGAAGCCACUCAGCCCAAGCAGGGCCCCCGGGAGCCACGGAGGGCGGCCGUGGGCAGGAGGAUUUCGGACAACAGCCUCUCCUUGGAGGACUGGGAUGCUGCCCAAGGAGAGAGGAGCCACAGCACAGCAGGAUAUCUUGUAGAGACCAGUCCAGACAAGGCAGAGGCCAGGAAGAACGUGGACAUGCCCCGUUUAUCAGAGACAUCCAUAAAGGACAGGCUGGCCAAGUACCAGGCAGCUGUGUCCAAGCAAGGCAGUUCCUCAGGCAUCAUUCCCAUGAGUGAGAUUCAAGCCAGUGAGAGUGAACUCAAGAAUUACAAAUCUGGGCAGAAGGAGAAUAUGGCACCAAUUGAGGACUCCAGUUCCUGUCAGGAUGGGGAGAAGGUUUCUGUAGGUGAGGACAGCUUGUCUUUGCACUCUGGUCUGCUGGAGGAUGGCCAUGCUGGACAGUCAGAGAGCGAGGCAGAAGCUCAGAAAGCUGUCAGCUCAAAGCAGCAGAACCUUGGUGCUAAAGCAGCUGGGCAGACAGAGGCCUCCCCACCCAAAGGAGUGAAGAAAUUCCAGUUGCCAAUGAAGGAAACCUGUGUUGGGUGUCAGAAGACCGUGUACCCCAUGGAAAGGCUCUUUGCCAACCAGCAGGUGUUUCACAUCAGCUGCUUCCGCUGUUCCUAUUGCAACAGCAAACUCAGCCUCGGGACGUAUGCAUCUCUGCGUGGGAACAUCUACUGCAAGCCUCACUUCAAUCAGCUCUUCAAAUCCAAAGGCAAUUAUGAUGAGGGCUUUGGACACAAGCAGCAUAAGGAAUUGUGGGCAGGUAAAACUGAAUGUGAAGAAUCCCCAGAGAAAACCGUCCAUGGUGUGAAUGCACCAGAAACUCCACAAAGCCCAGGAGUAGAGGAUGCCCCGAUUGCAAAAGUGGGAGUUCUGGCAGCAAGUAUGGAAGCAAAAGCUUCAGCUGUGCCUGAAAGAGAAGAAAAACCAGCAGAAACAAAAAAGCUCAGGAUUGCCUGGCCACCUCCGUCUGACCAAAGCAUCCAAGGAAGUGCCUUAGAUGAGGGCAUCAAAGUAUUCAAACCCAAGUGGCCUCCAGAAGAAGAGAUUUCCAAGCCAGAUGUGCAGGAGGAUGUGGAUCUGGAUCUCAAAAAGUUAAGAAGAUCUUCCUCGCUGAAGGAGAGAAGUCGCCCCUUUACAGUCGCAGCCUCCUUUAGAACAGUAUCUGUUAAAGGCCAUAGAACAGAGAAUUCACCCUCUCCUUCUAAGGAAGAGAGAGACACCUCGAAAAGACGUGAGGAACUGGAGAGAGAGGUUGUCAUAGAGAAAAAGCAAAAGGAAAAGAAGGUUGAGCAUAGGAACAUCCAGAACGCCGGGGAGAAAAAUGUGGAGGAAGAACAGGAAUUGUCUGGUAUCAGAACAGCAGAGCACAACAUUGUAGAGAAUGGCCAGAUGAAUGCAGACACAGAUGAGGAAGAACACACUACAGAGGAGCCAGAAAUUCCAAAGGAAGAACUCCUUGAACCGAAUUCUCCUAAACAUUCCAGCUUAGCCAAUGUUGUGACCGCCAAGGAAUCAUCUCCAAACCAGAAUCGCAAAUCCCAAGACGUUGGGUUUUGGGAGGGUGAAGACGUGGAAGAUUUAUCUGUGGAAGAGCAGAUCAAAAGGAAUCGCUACUAUGAAGAUGAUGAUGAUGAUGAAUAAAUUGGCCUUUUACUAGAAAACUUGCUGCAAGGUGCUGGGCCUUUUGAAAUGGGUAUUUUUUAGCUUUAAUAAACAACUCUCCUGGAUGAAGUGAUGCUGCACUGCACAUUGGCGUUAAGGGAAUCUACAUACAAAUUAUCUCAGCUAGAAAAGUCUGGAAGCCUGCAAAUUCUUUAGGUGCAUGGAACACUUGUCUGGCUGUGGGAUGGCUUCAGCAGGUAGUGUCUGUCCCCAGCAUGAGAACAGAGCAGUUCUCUACUGUCUCAUCCCUUUGAGCUUCACUAGGUAUUUCACUAACAAUUUCUGGAAUUCCGCUGUACUCGCUGUGCUGGUGUGGGACUCUGGAACACACCACCAAUACCACUACAAAUGCUACUGCAGUGCUUAGGGACCAACUGCAAAGGGACUUUCUGGCCUGCUUUAAAAUGGUCACUUAAUGCACUUUAAUACAUGGAAAGGGCACAACUGGGCUUUUUUUUUUAAAUAAUAAAAGCAUUUCUGUGUGUAGUGUCCGACAACUAAAGCAUCUUAAAGUGAGUGCAAUGUGAAUUUCUGUCUCAAACCUGCCUGUGAUCAGUUGAGGAGUCCCUGCACAACUGGAGUGGUGCCCGUUUGCUGGACCAUGUGUAUUUCAGUGCUAUCCCAGGAGCUGUGCUGGCUGCCAGGUCUCUGCAAAAGCCAAGUGAACACUUUGGAGCAGCCUGCAGGGCAUUACUUCUGCAUUUUACAUGCAUUUGAAGUGGAGUUUGUUUGUUUUGUUGUCAUUUCUUUUUUUAUUUGGAGUUUGUCAUCAUUUUAAACUGCAGAUAAUAUUUUUAAGGCCUUUUGACAACUCUGAAAUCCUACUUUUAUCAAGCUGCCAUAAAUCUUUUCCUUAUAGCUGUGAAAUUGUGCUACAUUGCAAAAAUCUCUGGAAUCAGUGACACUUUCCAAUUGCCAGUGUUGAAGAUCAGAACAUUUUUUUAACUUGACUUCAUUUAUUUUACAAAUAAUAAAAUCUUGAAUGGGGGGGAGGAGGAGGCCCUUUUUUUAUUAGCUUUUAUUUGUACUGUAUUCUCAAGAGAAUUAGAUCUUAACGAUUCUUGAGGUGUAAAAUAUUCUGCUUUCUUAACAGUUCUGCUAAUGACAAAACCUUCAAUAAAGUUUGGGUCAUUUCCAUUAUAA